AUGAACGGUCAAGCUAAUGGAACUAUACCACAAGGACUUCUAGGACAAACUAAUGUCAACCAACACCAAAGACGAAUAAAUAUUGUUGGACAAAAUCCAAGAACUCAACGCGAUGAAAAUCAAUUAACCAAUACAUUUUCUACAAUUCAACAACAUUUAUUUGAAGGCUCAGCGAUCCUAUUUGAAGGAUCGAAUAAUCCAGAAACACCACCUCAACGAAAUAUUGAAAUUGAAAUCGAAACUGGGAACUUGCUUCGAGAAAGGGACGAAAAUUAUACAGAAACGGUUAGUGAAAAAGAAGUGGAGAAACUAAAAGACUUAACCGAAUUACAAAAAGCA